UGAAACAAUUGAAUUCGCCGUUUUUAAUUGCGGUCGACCGUGAUGCUAAAUUCGACUGUUCCGGUCGCAUUAUGCGAGCUCGAUGCGACGUGGUUUCAUAGGUCGCAUUUUGCAUGUGUCGAAUUUAAUUCGCUUGAAGAAAAAGGCAAAGAACGUCAUGUUAUAUUAUUGAAAGAAUUUCCCGCGUUUUUUCGUCCAUGUGGUAUAUGCAAAUAUGGAGGACAAAGACAAAGGAAAUAUUGAACCAAAACAGUCGACGACGUAUUGUAUUUCAUGUGGAAAGCUAACAAACUACAUUUGCCUGCAGUGUUCUGCGUCUGUUUGUAAUCGCUGCGCGAUACAUGAACCAGACGACGAAUGCCAAGGCUGGCUUGCUGGGAAAGCAGUUGGAUAUUGUAUCAAUUGCAAUAUUUUUGGGCAAGAGUAUGAAGAAAAAUUAGAAAAUAACAAGAAAAGUGAGCAAACAAAUGCCGGUGAUAGUUCUACAAUCCCACAGAAUGAGGAUGAUGGUGAAGAAAAUUGCACAAGAUUUAUUGGUACCAAGAGAAAAAAAGGAAAGGCUGGAAGAAAAGCAGUGUGGAGUACUGAUGCUGUGGAUGACUUAGUGGAUAUCAUUACAUCUGAUGACUACAAUAAACAAAAGUUGAUAUUUACUAACACAAAAAAUCAAAAUAAUGGCAUUAUUUAUGAAAAGGUAUUAACUGAGCUGAAAAAAAGAGCAAAUGAAAGAGGAGAAGAGAUUACGUUCACUGUUCAACAGUUGAGGACAAAAUUUAAACGUUGUGUCAGCGAUUGUAAACAAGCUGCCAUGAAAAUAAAAACUGCCACUGGAAUCCAACGCUUCCAAGAUGAAAAAGGAUUUGGAAAAUGGUUUGACUUGCUUUUUCCACUUGUGAAAACACGUGACUCAUGUCAACCCGGUAUGGCAGUUGAACCUUCUGCACUUAAUGAUCUUAGUGAAGAGGAAGAGAUUGCAAAAACCUUUGAUGACUUUGUUCCUCAAAAGAAAAUAAAGCUCCCAAAGAAAAAUCAAGUAACUGAAGCUGUUGAAUUGCUUAAGCAAAUUGUUGAAAAAGAUCCAGCAAAGGAGCUAAUUACAUUUAUGCAAGAAGAAGCAGACAAGGCAAGAAAGCAUGAGCUUCAGUUGGUGGAAUUAAUGUUAAAACAUACUUCUACACCAACUAACAGUAACCAGGUUAAUCUUGUUCCACCACAUGAUAUCUCAGGUAUGAGUUUUGGUUCUGUCCAUGGAGGACCACAUCAAAAUUGGAGUAGCCCUCAGCAAUAUUUUAGUAAUCAAAGUACUGAGAGUCCUAUGUAUAACAUGCCAACCAUUGGCCAACCCUCAAGCUUUGUAUAUCAUCCUGGAAAUGGGUUCAGUCCACCAAGUGUGACCAAGUAGGCUAAGUAUUGUACAAUAGGGAUUUAGAAUUGUUGCUGUUUUGUUUCCAAAUGUACAAUCUUUAAAAAUAACUGUAAGAAAUAUUAUAAUAGAUGUCAGAAGGAAGAAUUGGACAAACAUUUAGAUUUUGUUUGCAGCAGAGGUAGUUAAGCCAAUGUGCAUGUAAUAUGUGAAGGCACUAGCUCUGAUGAAAACAUUUGUAUUCAAGAGUUCCCAUAUGGAAAAUCUAGACUAUAUUGAAUUACAGUCUAUGACA